AUGUCGCUCCUCGCCCUCCCAAACGAGCUCCUCCUCUGCAUCAGCGCCUACCUCUCUAUAAAAGAACUUUCGCAUCUCCUCCUCACCACCCAGCGUCUCUCUCAUCUCCUCACACCCUCCCUCUACCAGCUGGCCCUUAAAAACUGGAGGCGCGGAACCUCCGCCCUCUACUCCGCUGCCACACAUGAAAACCACACCACUGUCUCUCUCCUCCUUAAGAAUGGCGCCAAUACCCUCGGCCUCAAAAAGCACGGACGCACGGUCUUUCACCGUCUCGCCUCCAAUAAUGAAGCUAAAGCUCUCAUGAUCAUGCUCGAGUACGGUGUUGACAUCAACGAGCGGGACGAAAAUGGGAUGACAGCCCUGCACAUGGCGGUGCGGUGCGAGGGUGGAUAUACGCCGCUGCACACCGCAGUUCAUAUGGAGUCUCCCAUUGCGGUAGAGAUGUUGCUACGAAAGGGGGCACUUGUGGAUGCCCGCACGCUCAAGGGGGAGACGCCAUUGCAUGUGGCUGCGUGGAAGACACUGCAUAAGCUUGGGAAUAAGCCAUUCGACUACUUGGAUCACCCGGCUUCAUGGAACUUCUACGAGAGAGGAAUUACGAGUGUAGAGGCUGGGGGUAUCACAAGGCAUGAGGUUGUUGUUAAAUUGUUGUUGGAGUAUGGCGCAGAUGUCGAUGCUUUAGAUGAGACCAGCAGGACGCCGUUGCAUUUGGCAGCAACAAGAGGCAAUGAAGAGACAGCCAGGAUUUUGAUGGGGAGCGGAGCUGAUAUAGACGCUAAGGAUGGCGAAGGUAUCACACCGUUGCGGUACGCGGUGACAAUUGAUGAGUUCUCGUUUAAUGACGCGAAGGCAUCGUUGCUCAAGCAAGCAGCCCUGGUGAAGGAUCUCGGUCGUAAGAGAAUCCUAAGCCGAUUUGUGACGAUGACAAGACGACUAAAUAUCUUAUAUAGACAUUAUUGUGUCAGGGAUUAG